AUGGCGAUGUGGAGGCCGCCGCCGCUGGGGGCCGCCAUGCGCGCAGGUCAGGCCGAGCGCCGGGCCAGCAUCCAGCCGCCACCGCGGGGCCGCAGGGGCGGGGAACGGGGGUCACGGGACCGGGGCCGGGGCCGUCGGCACGGCUCGAGGCCGCAGGUGUCGGGAACCGCGGGCGGUCGCGUGGGUUUGGGCGCACGGCUUCGCACAGCAGGAAGGGAGGACAAGGGGAGGGAAUACCUGGUGUCCUGGUGGUGCUUGUCGUCAGCUAUGGUGGCGAGUCGCGAAGUAGGACAGCAGCGACGGUUGCGGGGGACACCGGGGCUGCAGAGGGCGAACGCUGCGCCGGAGCUGGUCGCAAGGACGCUGGCCCCAGGUGGUGCUCGACCGAGCGCAGUCUACUCUCCGGGUUGCGGCGCGGCGAGCGGAUGGUGGAGAUCGGCCGUGCACCUGACCGGAGUCGCAGCCAGCUGCGCCGCCCUCGUCACGCCGGACUCGUCACCCCGUCUGCGUUGCCGGAACGAAACGAAUGGGGAAGGAGCAGCCUUCGCAACGUUGAAUGAGGGGAGGAGGGGUCUCCUGGGCCGGCCCGUUGCGGCCUAG